UCCUACCCCUCCCAGGGCGGUAGCAGCGGCGGCAGCGACCUGUUCUCCACCGCCCUUAGCUUCCUUUCGUCCCGCAAGUCCCAAUACGAGGAACAGCCGGACGUGGACGAAGAACACAUGGUGCAGUCUCACCAGGCACUGUACAACAACCAGGAUGAGGGCCAGCAGCACGACAGCAAGUCCCUGGGAGCGGGAGCCGCGAUGCAGGCCCUGAAGAUGUUCACGAGUGGAUCGGGUGGCAGCUCCGGAGAUAAGAAUGAGUUUAUUGGGAUGGCGAUGGCUCAGGCGAGUAAGUUGUGGGAUCAGAAGUCUGGGUCUGGCGCUGUGGCUGGCGAUAAGCAAUCGGCUAUUAACUCGGCUGCUGAGAUGGCCUUUAAGAUGUAUAUGAAGUCGCAGGGCAGUGGGUCGAGUGGAACGGGCGGUCCGGCUGGUUUGAUGAGUCUGGCGAGCAAGUUUCUGUAG